AUUUGCUGGGUUUAGAGACCAUUGGCCACUAAAACAAUGAGGACCAGCCAGGUGGUGAAGUAUUCUUUAUUUGUUUCCUGCUAUAUUUUUUGGGUGGCCAGUGGACUACUGAUUGCCGUAGGGCUUUAUGCUAAACUGUGUAAAGAGACAGGUGUUGUGGAUUCCCUUACUACAGAUCCUGCUAUCUUAUUAAUCGUGGUCGGUAUGCUUAUGUUUAUCAUAACUUUCUUUGGAUGCAUGGGAGCCCUGAGAGAUGUGCACUUUCUGCUUAAAAUUUUUUCUGGCAUGCUCAUUGUAGUCUUGAUUCUUCAGCUUGUGGCGGCUAUUCUAGGCUUUAUGUUUUCAGGAAUGGUUUUGGAUAAAGCCUCUUCUGUCAUGGCAAGGGCAAUUAUUUAUUACCGGGAGGAUCUAGAUCUGCAAAACUUCAUUGAUUACAUUCAGAAAAAGUUUGAAUGUUGUGGAGUUAAAAGCUACAAAGACUGGUCCACAAACAUUUACUUCUACUGCACAGACACCAACCCAAGUUUGGAGAGAUGUGGAGUGCCAUUCUCCUGCUGCAUCAAGGAAAAGGGACAGACAGUUAUUAAUACAAUGUGUGGAUAUGAAACUCAGAAUCUCAUGAGUUGGUUUGUGGAGGACCGUAUCUAUGUUGAGGGGUGCUUGGACAAGAUUGUCAGCUGGGGUCGAGGAAACCUUUUGUUCCUUGCAUACAUUGCAUUGGGAUUCAUCUUUCUAGAGAUUGUUGUAAUCUGUUUGGCUGUAGUCCUGAUCUAUCAAAUAAAUUUCAUAAUGGAAAGGCGGAAAAGCACAGCUACGGUGAGAACCAGGCAAAACGCAGAAGACAUUGUUCCACAUAUAGAGCAAAUGCAUACUGAAGAGUGUCAAUAUAUUUAGAAAUACUGAGUCCCUAAAAUGUGCCCUUUAUAGACUGAAGACAUGCGAACAUGUGCGAAUACCUCCCUUUUACAGUGCUUUACAACCAAUCAUUUUUUAUGAGAUACAUCUGUGGGUAACUCUCUCUUCUCUAGAUUGAAAUUGUAAAUAUCUCCUUUGUUCCAUUAAAUCGGUUUUCUGGGUAUUUCAUAUUGAUCUCCUAUCCUCAGGACCCCCGCCAAUCAUCAGUUCAGCAGAGCCCUGGCUAUGGUAGCUAUGGCCCAUACACAAUAAACGGCUGGAAAUAGUUGGUUUUGUGGAGUGGUGGCGCUGGGUUACCAGUGCAGCCCUCAUUCACUUAAUUGGGAGCAGUUUUGCAGUAACACAGUUAUAUGACAUAUCUUCGGCUGAUUGGCAGGGGCGCCAAUGUCAGCAACCCACCAAUCAGACAUUGAUGGCCUAUCCUGAGUUUCUGUAAAAUAUUGAUUUAAGACAAAAAUUAGACACUUAUCUCUACUGCUGUGAAGAAUACUAAAAAAAACAAAAUAACCUACUAAAUAAAUAUAUUACUACAAAAAAAUAUUGUGGUAACAAGGUGUGAUGAGGGCAGAUGUUGUUACCCUAGGGGCAGAUGGCAUUAACCCCUUGUAUU